GACACGGAGUCCCUGUCUGCUUUGUUGUGCAUUUACCGGAGUAGUCAACGCCUAGCAACGGCACAGCCUGUGUCCACCGACUCUCAUUAACCUUGACAUGCCCUGCUGAUUUGCAUUCUGUCUUGUUUUCUUUGUCUAUAAAACAUCUCCAUUCGUUUCUGCCUCGAUCCACUCCUCAUCUUCCUCCUGUCCAUCAUGGAUGAUUCCUCGAUAUUCGAGCAGAUUGCAAGCUCGGACGACGAUUUUGCACCUGCCCCAGUAGCUAAACCCAAAGCCAAAGCUGCUCCCAAAAAAGCAGCCAAGCCUGCGCCUCGGAAGAUGCAGCAGACAACUCUUCAAUCCAAGACAACAUCUCGGAAACGACCAAAGCCAGUAUCUGAGGACGAUGAACCCGAGGUAGAUGGUGGAGCCGGCGAUCAUGACGAAUCUCUCCUAUCGAGUACGCCACCAAGUUCCAAGAAACAAAAGAAAGCCCCAACAAAAAAAGCGCCGGGGAAGCCUCUUAAAGAGAUCGAAAACGAAGGGACCGGCCUUGAUGGAGCUACUGACGUGGAUAUGGACAGAGCGGAUGCCACGGACCGCUAUCAGAUGCUCAGUCAGCUGGAACAUAUCCUCAGGCGCCCAGAUACCUAUGUAGGGUCGAUUGAAAGGACCGAGAAACAAAUGUGGGUCUAUAAUUCUACGACUGAGUCGAUGGAGAGCCGACCGGUCAGCUUCGUCCCGGGGCUCUAUAAAAUUUUUGAUGAGAUCGUGGUUAAUGCCGCCGACAACAAGCAAAAUGAUCAAAAGAUGGACGCCAUCAAGGUGACUAUUGAUCGGGAGAAAGGAGAGAUCAGCGUUUGGAAUAAUGGCAAAGGCAUUCCUAUCGAGAUGCACAAGAAAGAGAAAAUCUAUAUUCCUGAAAUGAUAUUCGGUCACCUUCUAACGUCAUCCAACUACGACGACAAUCAACAAAAAGUUACCGGUGGUCGAAACGGCUUUGGCGCGAAACUUUGCAACAUUUUUAGCACAGAAUUCAAUCUUGAAACCGCAGAUUCUCAAAUGGGAAAGAAGUACAAGCAGACGUGGACCAACAACAUGACCAACAUGGAGAAAGCCAAGAUCACCAGCUGCAAGGGUGAUGACUACACCAAGGUCACAUUCAAACCAGAUUUUGCCAAAUUCGGCAUGGACGGGAUUGAUGACGAUUUUGAAGCUCUUGUAAUGAGGAGAGUCUACGAUCUGGCGGGUACAUCUCGGGGCGUCAAAGUUCAUCUGAACGGCGAGAGGAUCAAGAUUAGGAAUUUCGAGCAGUACAUGAAGAUGUACACCAAAGCCAUCCAAAAAGAGAACGGCGAAGACGGAGAGGCGGUCAAGAUCAUUACUGAAUCUCCUGAUCCUCACUGGGAAAUCGGGUUUACCGUCUCUGAUGGUUCGUUUCAGCAGGUUUCAUUCGUCAACUCGAUCGCAACAACCUCUGGCGGGACGCACGUCAACUACAUUUGCGAUCAGAUUGCCAACCGCCUACUGGAAACGGUCAAGAAGAAGAAUAAAAAUGGAGCUAAUCUGAAAAGUCAUCAGAUUCGCAACCACAUGUUUCUAUUCGUCAACUCUCUCAUUGUAAACCCGGCUUUCACUUCACAAACGAAAGAACAACUCACCACGAAAAGCUCCCAAUUCGGAAGCAAGUGCGUUAUCACUGAAGAAUUCCUCAAGAAGGUUGCUAAGACGGACGUUGUCAACCGUAUCCUUCAUUUUGCCCAGCAAAAGGCCGAUCAAUUGAUGAAGAAGACCGACGGCAGCCGCCGAAGCCGCAUGAACAAUCCAAAACUCAUUGACGCGAACCUGGCUGGGACUAAAGAUGGACAUCGGUGUACCCUCAUUCUCACCGAGGGUGAUUCGGCCAAGGGUCUUGCCGUAGCUGGCCGGGCUGUUGUGGGGCCAGACCUUUUCGGUGUCUUCCCUCUGAGAGGAAAAUUGCUCAAUGUCCGCGAUGCCACCAUCGAUUCAAUCGCCAAGAAUGCUGAAAUUCAAAGCAUCAAGAACUUUCUUGGCCUUCAGCAUAAGAAAGAAUACAGCGAUACGAAAGGACUCCGGUAUGGCCAUCUUAUGAUCAUGACCGACCAGGAUUUCGACGGAAGUCACAUCAAAGGACUAUUGAUCAAUUUCUUUCAUCAUCAGUUUCCUAGUCUCCUGAAACUUGAAGGCUUUUUAAUUGAAUUCAUUACGCCGAUUGUCAAGGUUUGGAAAGGUGAUCCGAAACGGCCGACAAAGUCACAAACCUUUUUCACCAUGCCUGAAUAUGAGGUCUGGAAGGAAGCUCACAAACACGAGCGAAAUUGGGAGCACAAAUAUUACAAAGGUUUGGGUACGAGCACCACCCAGGAUGCUCAAGUCUACUUCCGAGAUCUUGAUAGACAUCUGAAGCAAUUUGACAAGCUGAAAGAAGAGGAAGAACAAUACAUUGACCUCGCCUUCAAUAAGAAAAAGGCAGAUGAUAGAAAGGAAUGGCUUCGUCGUCACGAGCCUGGCACGUAUCUUGACCACUCCGUCGAAAAGAUCACCUACGAUGAUUUCGUCAACAAGGAAUUAAUUCUCUUCAGUGUGGCCGAUUGCGCCCGGUCACUCCCGUCGGUUAUUGAUGGUCUAAAGCCAGGUCAGCGUAAAGUUCUCUGGUCUUGCUUCAAGCGCAAUCUGAAAAAGGACAUGAAAGUCGUCGAACUUGCUGGUUACGUCUCGGGGCUUGCUGCAUAUCAACAUGGAGAGUCAUCUCUUCAUCAAACCAUUGUCGGGAUGGCUCAGACGUAUGUUGGUGCAAACAACGUCAACUGCUUGGAACCAAGCGGAAACUUUGGUACUCGUCUGAACGGCGGAAGCGAUGCUGCAAGUGCUCGAUACAUUUACACUCGUCUUUCUCCAUUCGCGAGACAGAUUUUCAAAGCUGCGGAUGAUGCCCUGCUUACCUACAAUACCGACGACGAUCAGCUUAUUGAGCCUCAAAUCUAUUGUCCAGUCGUUCCGACGAUCCUUGUUAACGGUGCCGAUGGGAUUGGUACUGGCUGGAGCACCUCGAUUCCCAAUUUUAACCCGGAGGACAUUGUCGCAAACUUGAAGCGCAUGAUGGAUGGACAACCGAUUGAGCCUAUGGUACCAUGGUACAAGGGUUGGAAUGGUGAAAUCACGAACUUGGGUGGCGGUCGUUAUAAAUUCAGCGGCAUCAUCAAACAAACAGGCGACAACGAGGUUGAGAUUAGCGAGCUGCCAGUCAAAAUGUGGGUCCAGGAUUUCAAGGACAAGCUAGAGGAAAUCAUCAGGGCAGAAAAGGUCCCUUCAUUUAUAAAGGAUUACACAGACUACAAUACAGACAACAGGGUCCAUUUCGUUGUGCAAAUGGAGGAUAAACACAUGAAAGCCGCUCUGGAGGAGGGACUGGAAGAGAAAUUUAAGCUUUACAAGGUCAUCAACACCACAAAUCUGGUGGCAUUUGAUUCAGCUGGCCGUAUCAAGAAGUAUGCAAACGUGGAGGAUAUUCUGCAGGAAUUCUUUGUUCAUCGUCUCAAGUUCUACGAAAAGCGAAAGGCCUAUCAACUCUCAGAGAUGCAAAGAGAGCUCGACAAACUGAGUAACCAAGCUCGGUUUGUGAAGAUGAUUAUUGAUGGCGAACUUGUCAUUUACCGGAAGAAAAAGAAGGAUCUCAUUGUUGAAUUGCAGCGAAGGAACUUCAAGCCUUUCCUUAAGACAGUUGAAGCUACCAAAGAUGCACCGAUGGAACCUUUCUUAGAAGGGGAGGAUGACGACGAGGAGCCGGCCGGGGUUCCUGCUGGAUCAUAUGAUUACUUGCUUGGCGUAAGUUUUAUCUUUUGUUUAAAUGAAUAAUUUCCAUAGCCUAACGUGCUUCCAGAUGGCCAUCUGGUCUCUCACGCAUGAACGGGUUGAAAAGUUGCUGCGGCAGAUAGGGGAUAAGGAGAUUGAGAUUGACACACUCA